AUGGUGGACCAAUUCACCAAGUGGGUGGAAUGUAUCCCUCUUCCGAAUAUGACAGCAGAAGAAACUGCCAGAGCAGCAGUAGAUCAGUUUUUCAGUAGAUUUGGGUGUCCAUUCCAGAUUCUUUCUGACCGCGGAACAAACUUUGAAAGUAAGUUGUUUGCUGAUGUCUGUGACUUGUUGAAAAUACAUAAGUCCAGGACAACACCAUAUCGACCAUCGGCUAACGGUCAGGUAGAGAGAUAUAACCGGACAUUGAUGGAUGCUGUGAGAUGUGCAGUCGAACGACAUCAUGGGAUGUGGGAUCUUGUUGUGCCACAAAUUGCAGGUGCAUUACGGGCUUCUGUAAACCGUCACACGGGCUACACUCCGAAUAGGAUGAUGUUGGGUAGAGAAGUGUGUAGCCCGGUUGAACUAGUGUUUCCAGUGGAUCAUCCGGAUGUGAUUGAUGAGGAUUCUUACGUGAAGCACUUGGAGGAAUCACUGAAAGUGUCUCAUGAAGCAGCACGUAAGACCCUUAAGAGGAGUAUUGAGAUCAUGAAAAGAGAUUAA